CUUUCGCAAAAGCCCUGCACCAUGGGGAAGCGGACAGAUUGCCGACUGGGGCGGAACAGCUGUUGGAUUCCCAUCCAUUGCAGCUCCUUGGGAGAUGAAAACAAGGAAAACUACCCAGACAAAGCUGCCGUCUUAGAGGACAGCCAGGCCGUGUUCCAGGAGACGCAGACCCCCUGCGAUGGCACUCUGAGGGUUGGGAUGGGGAACCUGAAAUCCAGGAAGCCCACGUCUGUUCCCAAAGCAGAAAAUGAGAAGAACCGUGAAGAAAGUCAGGAGAUGGGAAGUGCAGCGUCAUGGCUGUCAGACUGUCAGAGGAAAACAGGGACAUCGACUAAUGAUUAUGCUGAGAACAUAACGCUCAGAUACCAGGAAACGGUCCUCAGGUUUCAACCCAGGGCAGAUCAAAGUGCAUUCAUUUCACCAAACGAUGCUGCUGAACAUCUCCAAAAGCUCACUGAGGAAGAAAGUCCUCAGCUGGUGGCUUCAGAGGAACCGGCCUCUUCAUCCACCUCAACCAGCAUGCACGCUGACAGGGAUUACUGUGGCGAGCCUGCGCAGGACUACCGAGAAGGCCAGGGCGAGGCAGACCACGGACCCGAAGGCCAGGACCCCUUAGGGACUUGCAGGCUGCUGCAUCACAUCACUGACGGAGAUGAUCCACUUUUGUCUCCUCGCUGCUCUAUUUUUAGCCAAAGCCAGAGGUUUAACUUAGACCCCGAAUCGGCUCCUUCCCCACCAAGCGCUCAGCUCUUCAUGAUGCCAAGAAGUUCUUCCAGAGGCAGCUGUGAGGACAGCAAAGUGCCCCAGACCAUGGUACAACUUACAAAGCACCUGCAAAGCCUGAAGAGGAAAAUCAGGAAAUACGAAGAGAAGUUUGAGCAAGAGAAGAAUUACCGGCCUUCCCAUGCUGACAAAAUAUCAAAUCCUGAAGUGAUGAAAUGGAUGAAUGACCUGGCCAAAACUCGUAAACAGCUAAAAGAGCUGAAGCUCAAGAUGUCAGAAGAACAAAGCUUCCCCCUCAAAAGAGCCCAAAGGAACUUUCAUCAGGGGAGCUCCAAAGAGACUGUGAAGCUGGAUCCAGCAGAUUCCCCCACCAGUCCUUCUGUGGAGGACACCAUGCAUGCUGUGAUGAAACAGUUGAAGGAGAAGCGACAGCAGCUGAAUCUCCCCGAAAACAUUAAGGCUAUGACAAAAAAGCAAAUGGCUUUGGAAAAGCUCAGUCUCCAGAAAAGCCUACUCUAUUUUGAAAGUAUUCAUGGACGGCCUGUUAGCCAGCAAGACAGGACUCUGAUGAAGCCUCUUUACGAAAGAUACAGAAUUAUAAAGCAGCUUCUGUCGACACCAUCUUUGAUUACAACUAUUCAGGAGGAGGAAGAUUCUGAUGAAGAACCUCCACAGAGCAGCUCCACUGGGUCUCUCCAUUGGCCCCCUGAGGCACAGACGGGCCACUCGGAUGAGGAGAAUGAGCCUGCCUUUGUUUCACCUCUGGAUGAAAAGAAAGCGAUCAGACAGCCUGCCCUCUCAAUGUCCAAUUUACACGAGGCCACUAUGCCUGUGCUUCUAGAACAUCUCCGAGAAACUAGAGCUGACAAGAAAAGGAUAAGGAAAGUAUUGCGGGAAUUUGAGGAAGAGUUCUUUAGACAAACAGGAAGGAGUCCCCAGAAGGAAGAUCGGAUCCCCAUGUCAGAAGAGUAUUUGGAGUACAAGCACAUCAAGGCCAAACUUCGCCUCCUGGAGGUCCUCAUCAGCAAGCAUGAUGUCUCCAAAACCAUCUGAAGCCGGUGGGUUGCAACAGUAAAACUUCCUGAUGCCAGGGAAGAGAACACCUGGAUCUUUCUACGCAGUGGUUUUCUGUUGCCCUUCCUUAAGGUGAUAAUGCUGCAGGGGAGCACAGGAGAAAGGUCUUUGAGCAGGUGUGAGGCCGCACAAGGAAGGAGGGACUGAAUGGAUGGCAGGACCUUCCCUGUGAGUUGUCUCCUACUUCCAGAGUCUGUUUUUACCUGGACCUUCACCUUUCAGCUUUGUUGCUGAGCCAAAGGGAAGCAGCAGCCCUAUGCAAUUUCAGGAGGUGUCUUGGGAAGCCCCCUGGGCCUCUCGAAGCUCUGCUGGGACAUAUUUUGGAUGCUUGAUGUCCAAAGUAUCUGGAUACCAUAGUUUGGACGACUAAGCUCAAAACAUUGGCAGGGCAAAGGAGCAAACAAGAUGAGCUAUUUCUUUGAUCUGUGCUUUCCAAAGGGAAGCCUGUGUCUAUACAGCUGAGCUUUGUGGGUAUGCCCAAAAUAUCAAUUUUUGAAGGGCAGAAUUUCAUGAUAAUGAAAUCCCAGUUCAAUUAACCUUUUAAAGCCUCAGAAUUCAUUUCACAGUCUUGCACAACGGCCUGGGCACCUCCCCUCCAAUCUCUCCCAGUCCUGUGACAGUCCAGCAAUCUCACCCCGAGGUCUCGUGAGAUUUCACACGAGAACCAUGAAAUGACAAACCUCUUGUGAGAUUUUUGCCAUUCUGGCUUUGAAAUCUCAUGGGAUUUUGUAUGGGAUCAUUGAAACUUUCCAAGAUUCAGUGAAUCUUGUGGGAGGGCCAGUUCAGGAAUCUUGGUAUCACCCACUGCCUGCCUCUCACCAAGGCUGUGGGCACGUAUGUUGUAAUUCCAUGCAAGUAACAACAGCAAGCUCUGACAUCUGGUAGAAGCUGUAAUGCUGUCCUACUCAUCAUGAUGUCAUGAAUUGUGUAAUUUGGGUCAGUCACCUGAUGCCGGUUAAACAAUCUGCACUGUUUGCGUGGUGAUGCCACUUCCCGUCUUGUCCCACUGGGGAUGCCCAUGGCAGCAAUUGCCAACCAGAAUACAUGGUGCUAAAGUACAGAAUUCAGCUGUGGAGAAUCUUAACCUUUUCUCCAUCUCCCUUUUCCUCUUUGGUGAAAAUAAGAAGGCCGCACUUGGUGCUCUUGAUGCAAAGAUAUGAGCAAUGCUUACUGAAAUUUUCACAAUAAUUCUUACAAAAAUGUUCAAGGGCCAGUUGUGAGCAUUUGGGCUAUGAGACUAUUUCUCAGUCCCCAGGACUAAUUAUGCAAUAAUUUUUAACAGGGUGAGUGAACUGUUCUUCUCUGCACAUUGGAAGAAAUUUUGGAAAUGCAGUUAUUUGCAGGGUUCAGCUUGCUGUAGAGAGACUUUUGGGGUGAGGCUGUUGCAGAAGCUGGAUCGGUUUUGUGUUUAUCCAGCUGAAGUGUUUAUAUUGCAAUUCCCCUCUCUGUUAUGGGCACCUGGAUAUCUGUGUUCUGUGUUUUACCACUUCUUCUGACUUUUCUUACCAUUAAAGAGGGAUGGAUGGAUGAGGACAUAAUGCCUUUUGAGUGGUUGUACUGAGAAUCCCAGCAUUUGGAAACUCAUCUGCACAGAUUUUCCUGGCCUGCAGAGGCACAGGAGUUAGUUAGACUCUUGGGUCAAUCAGAGUUCAAGAGAUGCCUCCUUCCCAAAGUGAAACUGUGUGGUCUUGUAAGGUUGUUCUGCUCUGCCACUCGUGGAUUGUGGGGAAGGUUUUGGAUGCUACAAAGACGUGUAGACUGUACAGUGCAGGCAGUGAAGUGGUGGAGAAGCACCCAGAACAGGAAUUGUUCAUGUCAGGCAGGGAGGGCAUCGUUUGGAAAACAGCUGGAUGGGCUUCUGUACUACUUCUUAUUGAAAGAACAGAUUAUCUUCUGAAAUAUUACCUCUGCAGGCAGUUGACAAGAUUAGUGGUAGCCCUUUAGCCCAGGUUCCUGAAUUUGCACAAAACUGUACAACUAGUUUUGGCUGAGUGCUGGAAAGUUCAACAUGGUAGUUCUCUGUAAAUUGCACUAUCAUGGCUACUAAGCGUAUGAAACCAUGGACUUAUGGGGAAAAUGUAGUGAAAAGUGGACCAGUUUCUCUCUCGGUCACUCCAAUGCUGCUUUCUGGCUCUAUAGAAUUGGCUCAGGCUUACAGUAGAAACCACUCUGCUGAAGCAAACGUAUUAGAAGUGUGGCUUAUCUAGCCUCCAUGAUGACUUGGGGGAUCUAAAAAUAUAUUUGCGUAUGUGUGUGAGCUUAAGUGUGCAUGUAGGUGUGCUGACUAAUUCUCUUCCAUCCCAGAGCCAAGACUUGGGGAAACCCUCCCACCCCAUCGGUUCCGUAAAACUAGGAAGGAGCCAUUCUUCUUUGGGCUUAAGCUGCAUGUGGGAAGUUUCUGGAUACCAAAUUCCAUCAGCCCCAUCCACUCUGCAAAUGGCCAGAGAUGGUCUAAUGCCAUCUGAAGGUCUAUACUGCAGUUUCCUCACCUGUGGUUUAGAAGAUCCUGCCUGGGGGGUAUGGAGUGUGGGCUUUCCCUCUUCUCUUCCCACAUUAUCCUCUCCCUGUCCUCCCACACCCAAGUUCUUGCUCACCCUUGUUUCAUUUUCUCUUCCUCUUGCACUGAAAAUUGGCCACGGGAAAGGAAUGACUGAAAGGCGAUUCCGGAAGCCCCAAGGCUUCGUAGUGGGGAGGGAAUUCAGUGUGGAGAGCUCAGUUUCUGCUCUUGGUGAGGCCAGAGGUGGAAGUGAAGCAAGAGAGUGACCCAUUGUUUCCUCUUCAGCUUUGUUGCUGCCAGUUGCCAGCCAAGGGACGUGUGCCCAUGGGUUGGUCCUUUGAGGUAGUCCAGGUCAGGAAACAGAUUCCACGUUUGACUGAACCCUCCUUUAUUGAGAGAGGCUCAAGUGACAGAAUUUUGAAUACCUGGCUGAGUUUUCCCCUCCCUCUUAUACUCUAGUGAAAUAGGGAAGAGCCAGUCUGAGUCUCUUUCUGAAGCUUGGUCUGUUUCCCAGGCUUUACGCGUGUUUUUUCAACCAUCAUCUCUGUCUAGCCUCUCCAAGGUCAUCUUUGUGACUCUGUACACCACAUCCUGUUCCAAGUGCCAGGGUUCCGCAGAGGCAGGAGGUCAACAGGAGGGUUUGGAGAAGGGCUGGUUGGAGUUUUAAAACAAUUCCUGCAAGUUGGGGAGGUUCAUCCUGCACCCCCAGCUGUAGAAAUAUGUUCUGUUUUGGCACUGCGCAUGUUGGCAUGCAUGUUGCUCCCUUUAUAAUUGGGAAUCGUUGAGUUAUUGGCUGCUUUUGAAUGGCUCAGGGCUAACCUUUGAUAUUACAUUAGGAGAAGGUCAUCCAGAUAUGGAAGGGUAAGGGGGGGAGGGAGUUAAUUGCUCUAUCAAGCAUGUUAGUGGAGCUAUUUUAGUUAUGAAUACAUACAUGGCAAAGUUUGCUUGUGAUACUAGUCUGUCACAACCUUCCCCAUCCUUGUGUCUUGAUGAUGGGUUGGAUUAAACUCCCAUCAUUCCUGAAUACUAUGACAGUUGUAGACCAAGAUGUCAAGAAGAUACUUGUUUAGAGUAUCUUUGGAACUUUAGACCUGUGUUUUGAUACCCAGAACUAGUUAUAAUCAAUUAGACAACAAUGCUAAGACAUGAAUGAUAAGGUCAGAUACAGAGUCUUCCACUAAAUGAGUACUCCCUACCCCAGAUACCUUCAGUUCCCAGAAUUCCCCACCUAACAUGGCCAAGGCUGAGAAUUCUUUGAGGAGACACUCAAUAUGGAGGAGUGCUCAAGAUGAGAAUGCCUAUAAGAACAGAAGUUAGAAUAUCCCAUUAUUUUAAAGUUAUUUUACCUUGCAUUUUCCAGAAAAAAAUCUCUCACCAAUGAUGGUUGGAAUUGGUUUGGUGGGUAAAUAUGUUUUGAUGUAGAAAUUGUUUCUAGAAAAGCAGCGAAACAGUUUUUAAGACACAGCAACUUUGACUACCUUACUGGUGGGAGCUGUCUCCUUCUUGGGAUAGAUCAUGACAAGGGCCUUGUCAGGUUCUGGAUACUUCGAUUGUGAUGUAGCUAGAAGCACCAGCAAGAGUCACUCACCUUCACAAGCUGUAUGCUCCUCAUCAGUCAGAUCUUUUGAAAGGCUACAAAACUCGAAUCCUGCAAUAUUUUGAUGCCUGUUGUUGGCUUUCCACACUCAGUAGAAAGAUACUUUGACAUGGUUCUUCUCUCAACAUUACCUUUCAUUGUGAUUUUGGAUCUUAUCUCUCCACGCUUCUCUUUAGCCCUGUCGGGCGUGUCCAUUUGUGUGUGUUUUCUGAUUCAUGUUGUGAUGCUACUUUGCUCAUCAGCUAAACAGAGACACAUGGGCUGCCACAGCCAAUAGCAUGAAGUGGCCACGGAGCCGAUGAGGUCCCUGGAUAACAAAAAAGGCAUCAAGAAGUAGCUGCGCCAAGGAGCAAAAGAGAAGUGAUGCUAGCAGAACAAUAGAGACGUUUGUUUAGCUAUAUACUAUUUUUGAAGCAAGUAUUAAAAUGAGAGGUGAUUUGGUGCAAUUCUGGUUGUAAUGUUACACACCAGUUCUAUUCCUAGUAUAUGUUGAUCUUAGGAAUAAAAGAUAAAUGUUCCAUGGGUCAGAAGUGUGUGGAUUUGAAGAAUGAUGACCCAUCCUAUAUUUAAAUAACAACAUAUGUAUUUCAUUUAUUUAUUUAUUUAUUUAUUUGUCCAAUUUAUGUAGCUGCCCAUCUUAGACCAGUGACUCUGGGUGGCUAACAAUAAUAAAAUAUAUCCAUUUUAUUCUGGUGGAUUAAAAAUAAAUAAAUUGAACACGUUUUGACCAACAUGUCAGAUGUUAUGGCCCACCAUCUGUUUCCAGAGUAAUGUAUUUAUGCAAGGAGCUAAAAAAAAUGCUGUCUGCAUAGUGGUCUUCCUAUCUGAUAUCUGUGAAAAACGGGGUAUUCGUUCACCAAAGUAAUCACUUUCAAGUUAUCGUAAGGAAUGUACAACAGAUAUUGAGAUAGUAGGAAAGGUUUCAUAGAAGGAGUUUGAACUCCACUGAGGUAUGGCAAGGUUUUGUGAGGCUCCAGUGUGCCGAAAAUGAAGACAGUAGCUACUCGUUCCCUUCUGAUCACUCUUGGCCCAAGGAGAUUUAAUACGAUUAACAGAGAUAAGACCAAACACUUCUCUCAUUUUAAUUCCUGUGGCAUUUCUGCUUUGACCUUUCCAUGCACACCAAACACAAGGGGCGAGUUCAGAAGGAUGCAGAUUAAUCAGGAAAAGGUCGUGGGGCUAAGCAGACUUAUUUAGCAUAAGGUUACUGCAGAGAGUAAGUAGUAAAAAUCAAUUUAUUUUGAAAAGGCACAGUUUUUAAGGAGGAAAAUUGGGCAUUUAUGAGGGGGAAAAAAACCCUUAAACAGGAAAGAAUAGCUAAUACAUUUCAAGGUAAGGAAUUACAAGCUACCCCAUCCUCUUAAGGAGAGAGCUCCAGGACUUGGUUGAUAGUACCAAAAUGAAACAAAAUGAAUGGUGGUGCAUUCCAAUCUUUAUUUGUGUAGCACUUUUCUGUAGCACAAUGCUAUAAAAUGUUGCUUUUUAUGAUUACCAAAGCUUGUUUGAAAGCAUGCACUUUGUAGGAUCUUAAUAUUUCACGUGUGAUGAUCGCCAAGAUACUGUUAUAGUGAUAAUAGUUCAUUGCAUUAUGAUGUAUGCAGAUAUUUAAUCUAAGUGUCAUGGUUAUGAAUGAUGGAUGGUUGGGCUUCUGUUUUUUUAUUUGGUUUACUGUAGGAUAGAAUAUAUACAUGGCUGGUUUUCUGCCAUCUUGAUGUUAAAAAGGAUCAUACUUUAUAAGUGAAAAGAAGUUAUUCUUGCAGCUUACAAUAGGUCACUUCUAAAUGGAGCACGGUUGAGUCAGAGGUUGACAGUCAGGACACUUACCACGAGACACAGGUUUAAUGGCAACCAGAUUUAAAGAAGACCUCCAGGAGGAGAUGCGUACUGUCUUUAGCGUUUUGGGUUUAUCUUUUGGUAAUAAUGACACGAAAAACAGAGGCGUUGCCUUUGCUCUUCAGCUCUGGUGCAUGGAUGAAGGAGGCUUCCCACAGGUAAAGAGAGAGGUGCGCCAGGACAGGUGCCAAGCGGGAAGUUCAGCGGUGGAGGGGACGAUUUCAGACCACCAGAAAUGGUGAGAGAAGCCCAGGGAGAGACCCCCCCCCCCAGGGCGCAGAGCUGCAUGCAAAAGGCAAAGAUGGUCCUUCUGCUCUUUCUGCUUUUGUGUAAUAAAGGAAGGCGUUUGACGAAUUCUGUUACCCACCAACCUUGUCUGUAUGUCGCUAUAUGUAAAGUCGAAGCAUGAUUUCUAAAAAAGGGGGGGAAACCUUUUAACGGUUUGGGAAAGGACCAUGUCCCAUUACUAAACUAAGUAGAUUUCUUUUGUUUGUAUGUUUGUUUGUUUCUAUGACAAUUGAUGUUUCUGUGUCGUUGGCUGCAUCAUUUAUAACUGAAUCAGAAUGGUCUCCUUCAUAAAUCUGUUUUAAUUAAAACUCAUGUAAGAGCAACAGGAACAGAUACACAAGUAUUUGAAGUUUACAAACUACAUCUUUGAUAAGGGAAAAUGGUUUCAUGACAUGUGUACAGUUGCUAUUAAAAUGCCAUCUAUAUAUUCUAUAUGAUUGUAUAAUAUUUUAUACAACAGUACAAAUAAAAUAUUUUUCUAUUAUGAUGGAACACAGGUCUUCUG